CUGCAUAUUUGGCGCCCCCUAACGAUAGAAGCUUCUGUUGGCACCAUAUUGAUGACGUGGUUCGGUCGCUUGACCAGAGCAGCAGGAUGGCCGACCAGAGUAGGCAAACAAAACUCGCUGCAGCUAAGAAAAAGCUGAAGGAGUUUCAACAGAAGAGCUCUCCUGCUUCUGUGGGAGGGGAAAGAGGAGGAGGAGGAAGUGGAACAGGAUCCAAGAAGAAGCGAAAGGUGAAGGAACUGAGCCAACUUGAUGCUCCUUCAGGAGACAGAGAUUCCCCAGACAAUUUUGACAGUAUUCUGAAAGCACUUAGUCAAAGCAAUGGACUAGUCAUCCCACCUAAUGGCAACUGUCAGACCUUCGCAGACAUGGAGACCGUAGGGUCUCCUGUUUCCCAGCUGCUGGAGGAGCCAAACAGCGAGUCCGGCCGUGGCUCGCCUGUGUCUAACUCUGCUAGCGCUGCUACUAACUCUGAGUUUGUCAGUCACAACACUGAGUUGCAGGAAUUCCCUGAUACCAAUGGUAACCGCAGUUUAAAGGAGGAAAAUAGACCAUUGUCUUCCACCGAAAGCCUGCGGCAGAUCUCACAACAGCUAAAUGGUUUGGUCUCUGAGUCAACAUCUGCUUGCUAUGUGAAUGGAGAAACUGUACCUUCUGGAGAACUGGAGAGUCGGAACCAGGAGCUGGCAGCCACCCUGGAAUCUAGCAAGCUAACAAACUCUCAGCUCAGUACCAAGCUAGACCAGCUGGUGCAUCAAACUCAGGAGCUCACAGAUCAGCUGCAGAAGGAGCGAAAGGAAUUUGAACAGAAAUUUUCAAAGGAGCAGGGAGCAAUACGGGAGCAGUUGCAGGUUCACAUCCAAACCAUUGGGAUACUGGUAUCGGAAAAAUCUGAGUUACAAACAGCACUACAGUACACACAACAGGCUGCACGGCAAAAAACGGCUGAAGCAGAGGAGCUCAAUAACCGUCUGCAGACAACGAAGCAGAGAGUUUCAGAGCUGGAGCGAACUCUCUCUACUGUCUCCACACAGCAGAAACAGUUUGAGAGGCAAAACAAAGAGCUUGAAAAGGAGAGAGACAACUUAAGGCUAGAGGUACUUAGACUCAACAAUUUAAGUGAGGAGUCGAAGCAGCAGAGUUCAGAGCUUUCAGAACAGUUAAGACAGAUUACCCAAGAUAAUGCUGCAAUGAGACUGGAGGUAGAUGAUCUUCACAAGAGGCUGGAGAUGGCUGACCUCAUGUUACAGCAGUACUCCAGUCAGUCAGAUUCCCCCAGUUUCAACCAAAAAGUAGAGUUGCUGCUGGAGGAAAAGCAGCAGCUGGAGUCACGCAAUCAUCAGCUUCUGGAGUCCAUAGCCCAGCUCAAGACAGAAAGAGAUUGUUAUGUGGAACGAAUCCAGGAGGAGGGCCGUGUGUGGAAGGACAAAACAGAGCAGUUGCUUGCACAGGUCUCUUUAGUGGCAGAGGAGAGGGACAGAAACAUCAACCGAGUCCAAGAACUGGAGGCCAGCAUUGUAGAGCUUCAAAAUGCUGCAGUAUUAUUGUCUAUGGAGAAGGAAGCCCAAGAUAAUAAAGAGCCUCAGCCCUCAGGACCAUCAGAGGGAGAGGUGGCUCUGCAGGAGGCUCUUAGUAGUUUACAACAGGAGAAAGAUGCCAUCACUGCACAGUACCAGGCACAGCUUCGAGAUAAUGAGCAGCUCAGUCGCCUGUGUACAGAGCAAGAGACGCGUCUGGGAGAUUUGGAGCGACAGGUGGACAGCCAAGCUCAGGAGGAGGAGGACCGCAGACGCAUGUUGGAGGACGUUCAGUCAGACAAGGCCACGAUUAGCCGCGCUCUCACCCAGAACCGCACCCUCAAAGACCAGUUGGCUGAGCUACAAAACGGCUUUGUUAAACUGACUAAUGAGAACAUGGAGCUGACCACUGCAAUCCAGUCAGAGCAACAUGUGAAAAAGGAGUUGGCACGCAGGAUGGGGGAACUACAGGAGGAACUGCACAACGUCAAGGAGCAGCUGGAGCUGAAAUGUCAGGAGACUCAGGGCGUCACAGAGCAGAGAGACCAGGUGGCGGCCCAUCUGCAGCAGUACAGCGCUGCCUACCAGGCCCUGGCUGCAGAGAGGGAGCAGCUCCACCAACAGUCGCUGCAGCAGGCUCAGCUCAUGGACCGACUACAGCAUGAUGAAAGUCACGGCCGUACACAGCUGGAUGUCAGCCAGAAUCAGCUCAGACAAGCAGAGGAGCAUUUGCAGCAGUUGGUCAGACACAAUGAGCAGCUGAAGGCAGAGAUAAAGGAGUUGGUCAAUAGCUCUGCGCUGGUGAUGACAUCCAGAGACCAGGGAGAUGGUGUAGAAAGCCAGUCGGUGAAGGAGAGUCCUUUGACGUCUGCUUCCAUAGUUAUCCCAGAAGACUUUGAGAGCCAGAAAGAGAUGGAGGAUUUUAUCCGUGGGGCUUUGGCGCACUUGGAAGCAGAGAGGGAUGAAGCCAGAAGGCAGCUGGAGGAGGAGCACAGGCUCCACAUGGCAGCCCGGCAACAGGCAGCUGUGGCUCUUAGACUGGAGCAGCAACACCACAACUUCAAACCUGAUGUUGAUCAUGAUCAUAAUGAGAGUCCUGACCAACACAGUUUUGAGCAUUCAGAAGGAGUGCCAGUUGAAGUACAUCAGGCGCUGCAAGCUGCGAUGGAGAAGCUCCAGCAGCGGUUCACCUCCCUGAUGCAGGAGAAAGUCGACCUGAAGGAGCGGGUGGAGGAACUGGAGCACCGCUGCAUCCAGCUAUCUGGAGAGACUGACACUAUAGGCGAGUACAUCGCCCUGUACCAAAGUCAGCGUGCCAUAAUGAAGCAGAAACACCAGGAGAAGGAGCAGUAUAUCAGCAUGCUGGCCCAGGACAAGGAGGAGAUGAAGGCCAAACUGGCAGAGCUGCAGGAUCUUGUCAUGAGGCUUGUGGCCGAGAGGAACGACUGGUACAAUCGUUACGCUGGAGCUGUAGCCAGCAUGGGAACAGCAAACCCUGACCUGCUUCCUGUUGGGGAGCAGCACUCUCCCUUGCAGCACCAAGUACAUAAGCGUGAGGUUAAUGGUGUCGAUGGAGAAGAAGCCAUAGAGGUCAGCCCACACUCCGAGCCCCCCCCUCUACGAGGUCUGGAGGCUGCCUCAUCCCAAACAUUACCAUCUACUUCUGUUCAGACUGAGUCCAAACCCCUGGUGCCCAGAGAGGAUGGCACAGCCCAGCAAAUCAUGCAGCUUCUCCAGGAGAUCCAGAACCCCCAGGGAGCUCCAAGAUCCCCACCGUUCAUGGGAGAGAACCCCUGCGUCCCUUUCUUUUAUCGGCCCGACGAACAGGAUGAAGUCAAGAUCCUGGUGGUGUGAGGCCUGAGUGUGGCUGAGGUGUUGUGCUUGAAUGAUUUGUAGCUUGAUGAACAUAUUUACACAUCUUAAAAGGUUUGUCACUUUAAAAACUGGGCAUUAAAAUCUGCCCCAGUAACACUGAAAUGGCCCCUCUUUGUUUAAUUUGUAUUUUUCGUUUUGUUUUUUGUCAUACAUAGGGGAUGAUUAGUAUUUCCAAAUAAAACUUGAUUCAUCUCUUUAUCACACUUUUUAACUCCUAUCCCCCUUUUUUCACUCAUCCUACACAUGUGCAAUAUUGGGGCCAUACGUUCUGUCCCCUUUGCUGGUACAGCACUUCAAGAUCUGCUAAAAAGAGAGCAGCUGUUGUGCAAAUAUCAGUUUUAUGUCGCUGUACACAUGUCAAAAAGAGCAUCAGAUUUGAAUGUAAUAAGUAUUUAAAAGUAUGUGAAAUCCGAGGAGGAGGGUGCAGAGAAAGGACUUAUAGGGCUAUAGGGCAAGGCUAAAUCAGUUGAUGUACAUGAAACUUCGAGCCAGUCAGUUUUGAAGUCAAGAUCUUGCUAGGUUUCACAAUCAAGUUCAGGAAGUUGAAGAGGGUGUUGCUGAUUGGUACCGUUUCUAAAACUACAUUUGUUGCAUUCAUUUCCUACUAACACUGAAAAUAAUGCUUAUGUUUGUACAUUGCAUUAUGUUGAUAAUUGUGAAAUUUGUUUUGUGUCAUUGUAUUUUAAACAUGUGUUUAGACUGGGAGAAGUCAACACCAUUGCAAAUUGGUGGUUGAUCAGAUGAAAUAUGGGCAUAGAUGCAAUUUUAAAGACCCCAUUGAAGUCUAAACAUUUAAGAGAAUGAUUCGUUCGAGGCCGUCACUUGAAGCUCGGGUUGCUGUGCUGCAAGUUUCUUCUCAAACUGUUCCUUUUAAUUAGUCUUUGAUAGAUAUUAUGUUACAUGUUUCACCACAGAUAUAAUUCAUAUUCCAGCCACUUCUUUUCUGCAACAGAACGUCUCCUAGAGAACCUUAAAAAAAGGUUUUCAUGGGGUCUUUAUGUUUGGGACACUAUUCUUUAGAGCCUAUUAUUUUCUGUUACGUUUAGUUUUACAUAUCAGAUGAUUCGAUACACAUCUUUUACUGGAAUGUGUGAAACUGGAUUGUUUCCUUAGCCUGAAGUGCAUCUCUUCUACUUUAUUGUAACAUUUUGUCAUAUUAAACAAACAUGAUUGCACUAAAACUGUGCAAAGCUUCCCACCCAGCCUUGUGCUGUCGGGCCAUUUGGAUCAUGGUGGGACUUUGUUUCAGCGAAGAGGAGAUGGAGGGGCGGGGGAUGUCCUAUGAAGCUUCGUGGUCAUGCUGGCUGAGGAUUCCCCUGACUUCAAUUGUUGGUGUCUGGUCUGUUGCACUCAGAAUAUGGCCAUGGGUUUCAAAUAAAAAAAACUUAGUGAGACCUUUAGCUUUAAAAAGUCAUUCCCACAGUUGAGGGACCAAUUGGAUAAAGGAUAAAGUUUGUGUCACAAUUGUCUUGUUCAGUCUGCAAUAGCUGUUCUUGGCUAAAAACAUUCGUGAAUAUCUCUUUUUGGCAUUAAAAACAAGGAAUGAAAGAGAAUUCUAGCAUUAUAAUGCAAGUCUCAUUUGAAUAAGAUGUUUAGGAGGACUGCUUAUGUGUUCACAAAUGCAGAUUGGGAACGGAUGAUUCAAUUCUCCAAAGCAGAUCCCCAUCCUCUUAGACCAAGAACAAAAUUGGGCGUUGAUUUGCUUUGAUUCUUUGUUUCUCAUUUAAUCAAUGUUGAAAUUGCACACAAUGUUUAUUGCUUAAAGGGCCUGAAGACAAAGUAGUUGUUCAGAAUUUAGCACAUUUUGCACACUACUCAAAGCAAAAAAAGUAAGUUUAAAGAGUUGAUUUACAGGAAAUGUAAAAAGCACUUAUAGGAAAACACAACCAGUACCUUUACUCUCAACACCCUCAGUUUUAAAACCCCUGUUUUCUUUUUUUUCCGAUUUUAUUUUAAAAUAUUCUUUGUUUUUUGCAUUUUAAAGUUUUUGCCAUGGUCAGACGAAGAGACAAACAAUAAAAUCUGCAUUCUUUUCAAGCUGUGUGAAAUCAACAGUGGAUAAAAUGAUUUCCUAAUUCACAGCUUAAGAUGUCACGUGUGAUUUACACUAAGAAAAAACAUUUACUGUAAAAGAGGUGUUGUAUAUACUGUAACUGUGUAAUAUAUUGUAUAUUCAUUAUGGCUGAUGUGUGGGGGCUCCGGGGGGAAGCUGCUUUGCCACAUUAGCUGGCUGUAUGGAUUGUGUGUAUGUCUGUUAUUGCAGAGUUGGGAUGUUGCCAGUUACUGACUGCUUUAUUACAAAGAUCAACAAAACAAAAAAAUAUAUUUAUUUGGAAUAAGUUAGUAUCUCAUCUAAUCAGUUUUAAUAUAAACUUGAAGUGAGUUUAGGAUGAAGGAUCACAGAGCAACCUGAUUUGUGAGUGCUGCUUCCAACACAAGCUGUUUUCUCUCUCUAUCUCUUAAUACUUUCUCUCCUCCUGAAUAAAACUGAUUGAGCAACUCA